CGUGACUCAGGUACUGAGGCGGAGCCGUCGUGCGUGAUUGCUGCGGAGUGCUUGCCCGGCACACCGGGAUCGCUCGAGCUUUUUCAUCAUGGGAGCGGUAGUAGCUGAUGAUAGUCCAUCUGGUGUUAAAGCCCCCGAUGGAGGCUGGGGCUGGGCUGUCCUUUUUGGCUGUUUUAUCAUCACAGGAUUCUCCUAUGCCUUUCCUAAAGCAGUUAGUGUCUUCUUUAAAGAACUUAUCCGGGAAUUUGGCAUUGGAUACAGUGACACUGCAUGGAUUUCGUCCAUUCUCUUGGCCAUGCUUUAUGGAACAGGUCCACUUUGUAGCGUAUGCGUCAAUCGCUUUGGCUGCCGCCCUGUCAUGCUGGUGGGUGGCCUCUUUGCCUCAAUGGGAAUGGUGAUAGCUUCCUUCUGCACAAGCAUCGUUCAGAUCUAUCUAACUGCAGGUGUGAUUACUGGUUUGGGUUUGGCACUAAACUUUCAGCCUUCGCUCAUCAUGUUAAACCGUUACUUCGACAAACGCCGGCCCUUAGCCAAUGGGCUAUCCGCUGCCGGGAGUCCGGUGUUCCUUUGCGCUCUCUCACCUUUGGGGCAGAUACUACAACACGAGUACGGCUGGAGAGGAGGAUUCCUUAUCCUGGGUGGGAUGCUGCUCAACUGCUGCGUAUGUGGAGCACUAAUGAGACCUCUGGAGCCACCCAAAAAGUCUGAGGCUGCCAAAGAGCCAGCUGAGAAGAAAGUAAAGAAAAAGCUUCUGGAUUUCAGUGUGUUUAAAGACGGUGGUUUUGUAAUUUAUGCGCUAGCAGCAUCCAUCAUGGUGCUCGGCCUCUUCGUUCCYCCGGUUUUUGUUGUGAGCUAUGCCAAGGAUUUAGGGUAUCAAGACACCAAAGCAGCUUUUCUUUUGACUAUUCUGGGAUUCAUUGAUAUCUUUGCUCGGCCUAUCUGUGGAAUGGUAGCUGGUCUUAAAUGGGUUAGGCCACGCUGUGUUUACCUCUUCAGUUUUGCUAUGAUUUUUAAUGGCUUUACAGAUCUCAUGGGUUCUAUGUCUGUUGAUUAUGGUGGACUGGUUGUCUUCUGCAUUUUCUUUGGCAUUUCUUAUGGAAUGGUAGGUGCUCUUCAGUUUGAAGUUCUCAUGGCUAUCGUCGGUACGCAGAAGUUUUCCAGUGCUAUCGGUUUAGUGCUCCUGGCAGAAGCUGUGGCUGUUCUGAUUGGUCCACCGUCAGCAGGCAAACUUCUGGAUGCAACAGGGAGGUACAUGUUUGUUUUCAUUAUUGCUGGAAUUGAAGUUACCACCUCAGCCCUUGUAUUGGCCUUGGGAAAUUUCUUCUGCAUUAAGAAAAAAUCAGAAGAACCACAUACAAAAGAAGAAGCAGCAGAAAGAGAGGAAUUGAACAAAUCUGAAGACAAAAUUCCCAAGGAUGCCAAGGUGGACUCUAUUGAAGUGGAGCAGUUUCUGAAAGAUGAGCCUGAAAAAAAUGGCGAAGUUGUAACUAACCCAGAAACAUGUGUGUGAGCAUGAAAAGGAACUGAAAAGUGUUUAGCAAAGAAUUUCAACACUAUUUAUUUUAGAAACAGAAAUAGUUUAGGGCUGGGCCAUCUGCUUUAGUAACUGGAGGCUAGUCAGCUCAUYGAGUCUCUUUGGAAGCUGAUUAGCCAGACAACGUCUUACCGGAAAAUUAGCUUUAUCGGUAAAAGGCGGGGCAUUGUGGUUAUUUAUUUUACGUAAACGAAAAAGUUUUUAUGAACACAAGUAGGCUCUCGCUAUGCAUCACCAGAAACCGCUCACUUGGAAGAUAUAGGAAAAGCAUAUUUUGAGAAAAGUGAAAUUAUGUAUAUGUUUUCAGACAAUAUCGAUGAAAUUGCUGUGUUGCAUGGCUAAACAUAAUUUCCCUGUGUUUCCAUGAAGGGAAAAGGACUUGGAGCUGGAGAAAAUUCUCAGGAACUUAAAGUUGUCUCCAUUAGGCUUUUGAAUUUCUUACCUUUUUAGAUUUUUUAGAUUAAUUGGCUCAGCCCAAAUUUAAUUUUGAUAAUAUCUGUAACUUUGAUUUAUGUAAAUGCAUUUCUGUAUUGUAACUUUUGUAAUUAUCAUCUGGAAAUCCUGUUUUUGGAAAGGCACAUUUCAGAUCGUGUCCUCAUCAGACCACACAAGCGGUAUUCCGAGGUAGUAGUAAACAAAAAAAAAUUAGCAGAACGGAUCCUGACUGACCUUAAGCAAACAAAGUUAGCCCACAUUUUCGUACACUGUUUUCAGUAAAAUUUUUCCCUGGAGCAUUGAAAAAUAUUACAACUAACACAGAGAARAUGUUUAUUAGCUUUAGUAGACCACAGAGAACAUGAUUAUUAGGUUUAGUAGAAUAUUCUGAAAAAGCGUCCAUUUUGCACAUAGAAGAAAUGGUGUGAAUCUCCAGGUAAACUAUAAAUUAGAGCGGAUAGACUUACAAAGAGCCCGAACUACUUUGAAACAUGUUAGCCAUUCAUAAAAUGCAACGUUAGCAUUUUAUGCUAAGGAAGGCUUCAGUAUGUUUGGUUUUGAUUUUUUUUUCUUCUUCCCCAUUUAUCCCACUUCCCUACCUUUCUGCUAAAUCUACCGAAGUUCAAAGUGCCAUUCUGGCUGGUUGAGGAAGCAAGCACGAUAGAACUGUUCAUCAUAUUUAUGUCAGCACUGUACUGAAUGGAAAAGGCAUUCUAUUUUCUUCCCAACAAAACCACUGAGGAUAUGCAAUUUUUUUUUAAUAUAAAAUCAUGCUACUGCAGCCCACAUCUCAGAUCUGCUUGUGCAAAGCUGUCUAGGCUUUGUCGCUGCAGUCACAGUCUUCAAAACAGACUUAACUGUAAUAGAUCCAGUUUUCUUAGUAGUAGCAAAGGAACAUUGGCUUUCAGGUGCCAAAAUUGUUUCGCUUAAUAACUGAAAACUAAAAGGCCCUAAUCCCUUAAAACUCUUAACGUAAUUGUUUCCUACUUUACCAUUUUUAGUGGAAACAAAGUGCCAAAACCACGAAACAUCCUCUAACGAACUGUCUCUGAUACCAGCUUCCGUUUUGGAAGUUUCUUCAAAAUGGUUUUGCAUUGCAAGGACAACCUUGCACAGAAAUUAGAAAGGUAGAAUCCUAACUUUUAAAAGAAAGGGAUGCUGCACAGAAUAAACUGUUUAUUUUUAUAUCCUAURUGUUGUAUUAUUUUAAAAACUUUUAUUCAUGUAGUGGCAGCAAUUAUAGUGAACGACAUUUGCCAGUUGUAAAACUUUACUCACUGAACAUAGCUUCAGUUUGCUAAAGACUAAAUCGGUACUGAAACAUAACACCCGUAGCUCCAGAAGGCAAGAGAAAAACAGAAUCCACGGAGUAGUUCAUAAUAUCCUUGCAGGCUGCUUCAGAUGAUUACAUGAAGGCCUGACACAGCUUUGAGAUUGGUGUUCCCUGUUUCAAAAAGCAAAAACUAGAAACCUUUCCAAAGGUAAAUUCAGAUUCUCAUCCAUUUUUGUCCUACUCUGUGUUUUGAUCGCCGUAUUUCUUUGCCAGAUAAUGCUGCACUGUUAUCACAGAACUAAAUGGUUAUCCCUUUGACCUCAGGUUUUGGMACAAUUUAGUUUCUGUACAUUCUGCAAAUUACCUAGACUGCUUUAUGUGUGACAGAAUGUCAUUUGUGCUUAUUAUACUGACCUUCCAGACUGUGUAUCAUUUUGCAUACGCAACACUUUUACGAUUAAGUUGGAAACAAGAAGUUUUAUGUUACAAUUUUAUAUGAUUUGAGACAGAAGAGGCAGUUAGGAGGACAAGGAGAUAUGUUUCAACAAGAAAGAAUAAAUAACGUCUAAGUAAAACUAGUGUUCACAGAAAGGCCUCAUUUGCCUGUACAAGUUAUUUUCUUUGACUCAAAGAUCCAUUACUUUGACUGGGACUGCCAAAGGUCUCGUGCCGUUUUCAGCACAGACCUACCCAUGGAUUGCAGUAUUUGUUACAGCGGGAGAUGCUUACUGAAUGAGAGUGAUCAAAUCACAGCACUUCUUUAUGGACUGUGAGAAAAAAAGGGUUAGAAUUUCAUUCACUAAGCAAUUCAAAAAACCAUAUGAGCAGUAUAAAAUCUUACCAUUUUGGUUACUUAGGAGAAGCAUCAAUGCAAAGAUGAGAAACUCCUAAUGCAGCUCUUUUAACAGCAUCAAAACUGGCAGGCUUGAGAGUACUUCAGAGAUCUAGAGGCAAUUAAGCUCCUCGCUCCUGUUCUGUCCUAAUCUAGGAUAACACCCAAGCGUGUGCUAGCCCUCCGGUCCUCUUUCUGUUCAGCUGCCUUUAUCUUCUCGGAAAGAGAAUUUUUUUAUACUGAUGGGAAGGAAACCUCCACAUCUGAUCCCUAGGCUGCACAGCUGCCGGCCGCUGCGCUUGACUGCGCUGAAGCGUGCGCCCAAUCGCUCCUAUCGACACAGCUGCAAAGGCCUUCACAUUGACCUUCUGUUUGAUAGACCUCUCUCUUCCUCCCCAAGUUGUUACAAAACCAAGAAGGACCAAAACCAAACCCCACAAGAAGCUAGUCCUUAGGUACCCACCAGCACUGUUCAGACAGGCUCCUUAUUAAAUUAACUGUUUAUUGUAAUUAUUUAAAUAAACAGCCUGAUAAAUACAAAUAAAUACAUUUUUUAUACUUAAAAGCAAUGAAUUGAUUUAAAAUCCCUUCAUGUAUUCCGGUACUGUAUUUCUUUAAUCUCAAUACCACUGAGAUACCCUUAAGAACAGUCUGCGAGAUGUUCUCUUCCAUGUAUUUUGAGGAUGCGUACGGUCAGGAGUCAUAAAGCAUUGCUAAUGAGAAAUUAAUUGCUCAGGGUCACAGGCAGAACAGUUUAAUACAAUGUAUACUCACAUAAACUUUUGUUCAACCUUCACCUGGUUAAAAUUUUGGGACUUGAAAAAAGGCUAGAGGAAAAGGAAGGUACUGUAGGUGAUUAUGCAACUGAAUUGCCAAGCAUCCAAAGAUUAUAAUCUGCAUCAUAUGCUAUUGAAAUAAAUGUAAUUUAUGUAGACACUCGGUUCAUGCAUAUAUCCAGGAAGUCUGGAAAGUGAACAAGCAAAAACUGAAAGACAGUUUUCAGAGAUUAUUUCUCCUAAAGUAGCGCAUGAUCUUUUACCCUGCAGGCUAAUAAAAUUUUCAGAACAUUUUAUAUCUUCAUACGUUCUAUGAACUGCGUACUAUGGGAUUUACGGUUAAAAUAAUGUAUGAUUGAUCAUGUAAUGGAUCUUAGGACCUUAUUUUCCUGAUGCAAGGAGAGGAAAUGUGUAUAAAUGGCAGUAAUACAUGGAGACUACAUCAAGAAGUACACAUGUGGUUAGCACAUACAUGUGUACGUAUGUCUUUCUCUCUCUCUCUCUCUCUCUCUCUCUAUAUAUAUAUAUAUAUAUAUCAAACAUGCACAAUACCCAGAGGAGUAGAUUAGAUACAGUUUGCCUAUAUAUUAGACAAUGAGCAGAGUUUAAAUUAUUUUCUUCCUCCUAUGCAAAGAAAAGUUCGCUUUAAAAAAAUUCUAAAUGAAAUACCUUUUAGCUAUUUGGAUCCCAGAAGACCUCAGCAGAACUAGAAGUCUUAAAGUGAUGCAGCUAUCUGUUUAAAGGUCAGCCAGUUCCCUAAAGUUAAGACUUGAGAGGGUACGAAGGUACGGUGUAAAGGACCGGACAGAUACGCUGUCUAACACAGAAAAUUCCAUCCACACAAAUGUGUUUUAGCCAAUGCAGAAUCAUUUUCUAAAAAAGAUUAGAACACUCCCUUAAUCAAGCAACCAAACUUCAAAACAAAAAAGGAAAAUUCACAUACGCACCUCUGGUACAUCGUAAAGAAAAUGUUUAGCUUGGCAGACAAUCAUAAGGAGAAGAAUUUCAGAAUGCGAAACGCUUACAUGUUACGGGGGUGAGUAUUGACUUGUUAACRUGUGUCUGUGUCUCUUUGCCACACUCGUCCUUAGGAUUAUGGGAAUACACUUCAAUUUUGUGUGAGAUGACAUUUUGUUUCUUGUUAAUGCACUUUAAUGUAAUGUGUACAUUUAUACUUAGAUUUUUUUUUAAUGCUUUUUAGUAAACUGGUGCAAAUGUAGUAAAUAAAUAUCUGGUUGUCAAAGGCUGUGGGUCUGAGAAAAUAAKCUCAGAAAAAAGUAACUUCAACACCCCGAAAUUGAGCUUCAUAUGCACAUGCCUAAACAGCUACACCGAGACAAGAGUGUUUACGAAGAAGAGGUGACACUUAACUGACAGGCAGCCAGAGUUUAAUGUGUGCGAGGAGGCUGCUUUUGCUGUGACUCAUAGCAAGGCCAGCUCCAAAAUGGGUAUGGUGCUCUUGCUG